CGCAGCCUUUUCCAGGUCAUUGCGUUGACCCUUUCUCCUACAGUGGCUCCGGCAAACGAGCUCGAAGAUGCAAUGGCGGAGGACACUCAUAAAUUGACCCAUCGCUGCCACUCUGCUUUCUGCAUCUUCUCAGCAUGUCCUCGUUCGACUCAGACGCACUUCCCUCCAUGCCCUUCGACCCAUGGCCAUGCGAGCGUAGCACAUGGCACCUCCACUGGGAACUCCCUUCCGACUGCCUCUUCACGAAAUAUAUGCAGGACCCGGACGCUGCUGACCCGCGCGAUGAAUACCGUGCCUCCGUCCUACCCAUUGGCUUUCCGGACGGGCCUGUUGCACGCUCGAGGGCCACUCAGCUUUGCGAGAGAGGCCUGGGCGUGCCGCUUCCCAGAGUUCGUCAGUGGGAGCGGUCGAGCGGCGCGCAGCUGCGACCUUCAUACCUUGCUGCGAAAAUGCCACUCGCGCGAAACGUCGGCCCCGGUCGGAGACCAGAAGCCGCAUUGCGAUCUUGCGAGCCCAAGACGAAGGAGGAGCUCGCCAUAGAGCGAUGGGAACGGGGGACGAGGGAUGGGGAUCCCAAGGCAGACGAGACGCUGUUCAAGGAGCUCGAAGAAUUGUGCGACCACGCACUGAAGAAGGUGGAAAGCUCGUUGAAGCCACCGCGAUCUGCGAUCUGCUUUCUUCCUCCGGUCCAGGGGAACGUUGAGGGAAAGGAAGUGAGGGAGGACGUGGCGAACAUCGCGGCGGGGCAACCCAUCCAAGUCACAAAUAACUCCACCGGCACGGUGGAGAGGUCCGCCGAAGUCGGGCACGACGACCCCAAGCAGCCCAGGAAGGGAAAGAGGCGUGACGUCUCCUUUACGCUGCAAGAGGUGCCGCCGAAGAGGGUGCGGCUGGCGAGAGACGAGACCAAAUCCUUUGUGAGGUGAUGCGAUGUGAGGAGGAAUAAUCUGAUUACAUAAGUCCAGCUGUGGCAUGUCUCUG